AUGUACAAGAAGUUAAUUACAACAGAAAUUAAGAAAAAAGAGAUAUUACAAGAUUUAUUAACAAAAGAAUAUGAAGAAAUCACAAACCUCUUUAACUAUUAUUUUGAUAAGAAGAAAAAGCCAGUUAUAAUAUAUAACAUUGAGACUCUUUCUAAAGACCAAAAAGAAAGAAUAAAAUCGAUUCAGAAUAAGAAUCCCAAUCUUUUUGUUAAGAGUAUCUCUGAACUUGGUUGA